AUGGAAAAGCAAGGUAUUGAUGACGAAACUAUAAAUCAUAGCAUUGGUGAAUCGGAGCCAAAAGUUAUGAAGCAAAAUUUGAAUCAUGGCUCCAAGCGUCCCUUAAACACAGACGCAAAUACCUUACAUCUGGAAUCACUUCACCUAGAUGAAAAGUAUCUAAAAUUGUUCAGUAAACCCAGAUUCAAGAGGGAACGGAACACACAUAUUUCUAUUACAAGGUCCGAACCAAAGGAUGGAAGUGCCUUAAAUAACCUAGCUUCUGAUGAUGAGCCCUUAAUAUCUUUCGACAUACAAAUACAUGAACCAACACGUAUUCCCACCGACCUUGGUGAAAAGUAUGUUCAAUAUCCAGUAAUCACUAAAUCUGCCGUUUUUGAAAAUCAAUCAACAUACGUAACAAGGAGAUAUCUCGAUUUUCGAUGGCUGUAUAGGCAAUUGCAAAAUAAUCAUUGGGGAAAGAUUAUUCCAUUGCCACCACCUAUUGAAAAACUAAAAAAUUAUUUCCAAACUCAAAAUGAGAUGGUGUUAAUGCUUCAGAAAAUCGCUCAUGAUCCUAUUUUACAAAGGGAUCAAGAUUUCCAUUUGUUUUUAACAAGUGAUAACUUUGAAAAUAAAUCUAGAUUAAGGGAUAAGAUUACUAGAUCUGGUGCUUAUUUAGAUAAUCAUGAUUUAUCUGAAAUCCAUAUCAGUGAAAUUGAACUUCUUGGAUACGAAGAUGCAUCCAAUGUUUUGAAAAAUGGUGGGAUAGAGGCACCAUACCACCAAAAUUUUAUAUCAUUUAUGAAUUCAAUCCCCAAAUAUACAGAGCAAGAUACAUUUAUACUUGAACAAGAAAAGAAACUUGAAAUUUUAAGAUGGCAAUUGACUGAAAUAUCGAAGACAUUGGAUUUAAUUAAGGGACAAAGAUUAGAAUUAGGGUCUGUCGUUAAAGAGUCAAGUAAUAUUUUUAACUCAAUAUCAAAAUUAGAAUUAUCCAAGCAAGGAUCAACUGUUAUUACAGAAUUUGCAGAUGGUUUAAAGAAAGAGAAGAUCUUAUUUGAGAAAUUCUCUCAAAAUGAGACGAUGAGGUUAAAUCUCAAUUUCCAAAAAUAUCAAUCAUUACUAAUUAGCAUGAAAGCCGUUUUUAAUCAAAGAAAGAAGUUAGGACUUUAUCUGGCCAUUGUUGAAGAUGAACUGAAGAGGAAGGAAAAUGAAUUAAAGAAAUUACCGUUAAAUAAUUCUGGAAUGGAGGAAAAUGUGUUAGCUAAUACCUUAACUGACAAGGCUAAAGUUGUUAAUAACGAAUACAUUACCUUGAAAAAUAGAUACAAUAAAAUAAUAGAAAAGUGGCAAUUAAUUGGAAAAACAAUUAAAGAAGAGAUAAGUGACUCUGAGCAAGGCAUACUGAAGGAAUUUGAAUCGGCGUUGAGCACUUUGAUUAAAAAUCACAUAGAUUACUAUAAAAAUGACAUAGAGGUACUACAAAGGGUGAAAUGA